CGAGAGCGUGAAGCAAGAUGGCGGACGAAGAGGAAAUUCUGUUGCAAGGCAAAACACUUACAGGGCUACGAGUUGUUGAUUUGAAGAAAGAAUGCGAUAAAAGAGGUCUUUCAAAGGCAGGGAGCAAGUCACAGCUAGUCGAGAGACUCAAAGCUCAACUUCUGUUGGAAAAAUUGCAACAGCAACCAGUAAAUGAGUCAGAUGAAGCUCCAAACAGCAAGUUGAAGGAAGACGAAGUAACUGGGAAUAAUGCUUUUAUAAAACAAUAUCUGGAGAAGCAACAAAAGAUUCUUGUUGUUGAGAGAGAGGCUAGGAAACGAUAUUCAGAGGAAGAAUCUGAGAGUUCUCAAGAUGAACGACCCGCUGAAAGUCCUAAGAAAAUGUCAUCUCGGGAGCCAAGCAUCCCUGAGGAAAGUGUGAAUCCUGAACCAGUGUCGAGGAAACGUCAGAACAGUGCAUCACUGCCUAUAUCUCCACCACAGAAAGCUCCCCCUCCUCCUCCACCAACACCACCACCUCCACAUGCACAGAUGGCAGAUAGAGCCACAGAAAUUGGGAAACGACCCAGGCGGAGGUCAAGCUUAAACGAGGAGGAGAUUGCAGAACCAAAGGAAGCUGUGGAAGAAAAAGUCCCUAGAAAGUCGCGACGCUGGCGGCGUGAACCUGAAGUAAAAGAACCUGAAACAGAUAAAAUGACAGUAGACAGUAAGAUUGAGUCCACACAUGAAGUGAAGGAAGCGUUUGAGGAAAAGGCAACAUCAGAAGUGGAAAAGAGCCAUGAAGAGAUAGAAAAACCCAAAGAGGAGAUAGAAAAACCCAAAGAGGAAGUGGAAAUGGAAACCGAGGUUAGCUCAAAAUCCAACUCCGAUGUUGGAAACUCCGAAAAUGUCCAGAUUGUAUCAAAUGAGCAACAUGAGGAGAAUAUUAAAUCAGAACAGCAGGAGAAUAUUGGUUCAUCAACAGCACCGACUGAUAUGAAGGUAGACCAGUCAGAAGGAAAGGCAGCAGAAGUAGUGGCAGAAAAAGAUGACAGUGAAAAACCGUGUAAAGAACAAGACAAACCAAGAAGUAGGUCAUCAUCAAGCUCUUCAAGUUCAAGUUCUAGUUCAAGAUCAAGAUCAGAAGAAAAACCUAAACGGUCAAGGCCAAAUUCUCGAUCAAGUUCAUCAAGUAGCUCCAGGUCACGGUCAAGGUCAAGUUCAUCCAAGUCAGACACAUCAAUUUCCCCAUUAAAACAGAAAGGCAGGUCUCCAUCUCCUCCAGAAAAGAAAAAGGAUGCAAGAUCACCUUCAGCUUCACCUCCACCAAAGCCAAAAGAGAAAUCAAGAUCACCAUCACCCCCCAAGAAACCUGAACCAAUAUCACGUUCUCCUCGGAGGUCGCAUGAUUCGAGUUCAACCUCACCUCAAAGAUCAAGACAAAAGACAAAGUCUGCUGCAAGUUCAAGGUCAUCAUCUUCAUCAUCAUCAUCAGAUGAUGACAAAUCCCAAUCUCGGUCAAAGUCACCAGUUGAGCGUGACAGAUCACCCCCAAGCUCUCCACCAUCUUCUAGUCCUGCUAAAGUCACUCAGGGGUCCAAGAAGGAUGAGGCUGAACAAAUGGAAAUUGAUACCCCAGCUAUGAAGAAGGAGGAAAAUUCAGAAGAUCAGGCUGACACUCUGAUUGUGACAGAGGACACCAGUGAGAAAGCGCUUGAUCAUAAGGAGGAAACCAGUGAGCAGACAGCCAGUCAGGAUGUCGCUGUUAAGAAGAUUUCACUCACAGGUCGAGAGUCUCGAGACAAGGAGGAAGACAAAGGAGAUGAUACGGAGAAAGAAAACAAGAAGGAGAAACCGGUCCGUAAACGGAAGUGGGGCUCGUCACGAUCGUCUACUGACACCAAGCCAGUCAAACGUAUCUCGAACAUCAAUAUAUCUACAGACUCUCUCAAGGGACUCAUACCAGAUAUAAAGAUGACAGAACCUGUUCUGGACCUGGGGAAUGAUGACGAGAAAAUAUCCGACCAUGAGGAGGAUCAGCGUGAUGUUGUCAAGAUUAGACGGACAGUGGUGAUGAAGGACCAAGAGGAGGAGACAGUGGUAAAGAAAGAACCAGAGGAGGUGGAGGAGGAGGAGGCAGUGAGAAAUAUUAAAAUUGAGAAGGAUCAGAAGGAAGAGGAAUCUGGCAGCUCAGCUGAGGAGGAGAUUGCAGAAGAACAGAACACCCCUCAGACAGACGUUACACCUGUGAAAGAGCCAAAAAUCAUCCGGCGAAUCAGUCAGCCUGUCCCACUGCAGGAAACUGAUGAACCAAUUGCACCUCCACGAUCGCCAUCACCUCCACGUAACCCUGUCAGUAAAGUUAUCCAUGUAGCAAACCUUGUCAGACCUUUCACCAUUAAGCAACUGAAAGACCUCUUGAGUCGUACAGGAAGCAUUGAUGAUGCAGCAUUUUGGAUUGACAAGAUCAAAUCUCACUGUUUUGUUACGUAUGAGACAGAAGAACAGGCAGUACAGACAAGAAAGGCUCUCCACAACACCAAAUGGCCAUCCUCAAACCCCAAAAUAUUAAGGCUAGAGUUUGCUUCACCAGAGGAGAUUGAGUUCCACAAGCAGAAAGAACAAGGACCAAAGGCAGCCAUCCGAAGAGAUAGCCAACAGGAAAUGAGAGAAAAAAGGGAAAAGGAAAGAGAGAAGAGGGAGAAAGAGGCACAGAAGAAAAAAGAAGAAGCUGCUAAACCACCACCAAUCAGGGAGUGGGACCGAGACAAGAUCCGCCAGUCCAAGGAGAGGGAGCUUGGACCAUCAGGAAAAAGAUCAGGGCGAUCAAGGUCUCCAUCUCCAGGGCGGUCUCGACGAGGUCGUGAGCGUAGCCGAGACAGGGAAAGGCGUGAUAAGAAAGCGGUACCUGAGAAGAAAGUGGAAGAUGAGCCUCCAGCUAAACUGUUGGAUGAUUUGUUUAAGAAAACCAAGACAACACCCGUGUAUAUACUGGCUUCCACUUACAGAUGCACAGGUGGAACAGAGGGAAAAGGAAAGACUAGAACGGUUAGCUGUGAGGGAGAAGAUACGUGCCAAGGAAUCUCCUGGGGACAGUAGGCCUGCUAACCGUGACCGGGGCAGCAGGUCAGAUCGACCAGACUUUGACAGGCGCAGGCCACCAUCGCCUUACAGACGCCCCAGCCCACCACGUCGGGGAGGCAAUGAGCCGGACUCAUUCAGGGAUCGCAGUGGUCCUCGACGUCCUGAGCGAGGGGGACCACCACGUGGAGGACCUCGUAGUCGCAGCAAAAGUCCACGACGGCGUAGAUGAUAGAGAUAUCACUAAUGAAGGGUGGGAGACAGAGAUUAUAUGAAGAUGGGGUAGGGAAGGGAGGUUAUGUUAGACCAGGGAAGGAGGGAAGGGAGGUAAUGUUAGACCAGGGAUGGGGGUUGUAUACUGUAGUGUGACAUAAUCGAGUUUGUAAACUUCAAUUAUAAUAUAAAAUCAUACAGUAUGGACAUUUUUUCAAUGGAUUUUCCUGAAUUUGCUAAUAAGCAGAUUUUAACAAAACUUUCGGUAUGGGUUUAAAGUUUCCUUUCACAAUAUUUCAUUAUUUUCCAUUGCCGUUAACUAGAGAAAUAAAAAGUUUUAGUUUACAGCAUGAAAUGUUUGCAAUGCCAUUUUGAUGUUACUUUGAUAAGUGUAUGAAGGAACAUGGUGUUACAGGAAAUUUUAUUAGUAUGUUAAAUUUGUAUUUAUUUAUAUAUAAAUGUAUAUACAACAGUAAAUUACAUGAAUUAUAUGGGAUGAAAUGCAAAGUAUUUCUUUUUCAACAUACAAAAUUUCAUUAAAGGUCAUCUUUGAGUUAAGUCAGGGUAAUUGACAGAAAAAAAGUUGAAAAUUACAAAUAAUUUAUAGUAAAAUUCAACAUUGCGAACUCAGUUAUGUCACACAACUGUAGGCAUUGUUAGACUAAGUAAAACUUGUGUUUCCUGAAUACUAGUCUCAGUUUUUACUACCAACACAGUUUUACUUUAGACUUAAAAACAGUUUUAAAUAUUUUGGCCUCAUAGGUUUUAAAAGUAUUGUUCAUAGAACUGUAUUGUUCGGUAUUGGUCUUGAUACAGUAUAGUUUAAAGAAUUUCUUUGUUAAUCAGAAGAAAUGGCUGAAUAUAUUAAAUAUAUUAACAAAUGCAGAAUCAGAAAAAUAAGUAAAGUGUAGUAUUUAUUACUUAAAUACCCAUACCUUGCUUGUUUUUGUGAUGAAAUAGUAACACUAUGAUUUUAUUUACUCAUAUGAUAAGUUAUAUUAGUUGGGCAUUAAUUGAUGGUAAACAAUUUAUGUUGAAAUGUUCAGGGAACAAAGAUUUUAGAGUUGACACAAAUUUAGAUGGGAUGUUGGGAAAUGUGUUUGAUUUUACAGUUAGUUUUUUAGAUAAAUGGGUAUAAUGAACUCCACAUUUUAAGCAAAGGUAUGAUAAGAUAUAAUAGCCCCAGGUUUAGGACAAGGAAUGAAAUUGCAGUAAAAACACAGAA